CCCACAUGUGUAUCAUGUGAAGGCUAUAAAAAUUAGUAAAAAUUAAAAAAUGCUAAUAAAAAUUUUUAAUGUUUUUAAUGUAAAAUAUGAACGUUAAAAAUAAGAGAAAUUUAUCUUGUUUUUAAUGAAUUAUUCCUAAAUAUGAAACUAAAACCUGUACCAUAUAAGUGAUGCCAUCACAUUUACCUCAAAAGCCCGUAAAGAAGUUAAAGAAACCCGUAGAAAGCAGCUCUGGAAAUUUAAUAAACACAGUGACUGUUAAAGCUGAACCUAUAGUUUCUACUUCAAACAUUCAUGUAACUCCUCAGUAUAGCGACUUAAGUACUGUAAUAUAUGUUUGGGGAGAUAACCCUGGGAAAGCGGAUGAAAGCUCUGGCUCUUCAGCCUCUGAGUACUGGACUCCUACAAUUUAUCGGAACUUAUCGGAUGUUAAAAUCACUCACGUUUGUUGUAGUGAAUCGCAUAUGUUGUUUUUGACCUCCAAAAAGCUCAUUUACACGCUCGGUAAUGGAGAUUACGGCCAGCUUGGGCUUGGUAAGGGUAUAAUCCACGUUUCCGAGCCUACAUUUGUCAGUAAGAUUUCUGAUGUGAAACAGAUCUGUUGUGGCAAGUUCCACUCAGUUGCUCUUGUUGAAGGCGGCAGACUCUUCAGUUGGGGUCGAAAUGACUUUUCCGGCCACUUGAGUGGGUUUGCCACCUUUUCACCCAAGGAAAUUUUAACUAAUCAGGAGAGCAGUCCGGGCGUUAAAAUUGUAUGUAAGUGUGUAUCUUCCAGUGAUUUACAAACCAUUGCUGUUUGCGACGAGGGCCGCUGUUUGUACUUUUGGGGCAUCGCUUUCAACGGUGAGCGUAUUCAGCACCCAAGGUUAUUUUUUUCCUUUGCGAGUGAGCGGAUUUGUCAAAUUGGUGUUGGAACUUCCUUCGCUCUCGCUUUAAGUGAGCGUGGCAUUGUUUUCAACUACGGUGACGGUACUUAUGGCGAGAUUUAUUCCGAAAGCACAAUCACCAACUCCACUCCUAUUUUCUCUCGGAUAAAACACAGUUUGAUUCAAAACAUCACUCAAAUCGCCGUUGGCAGCAGACAUGCUCUCCUCAUAGACGAUAAUAAAAAUGUCCUAGCUUUCGGUGAUAACAAUUAUGGCCAGUGUGGCACUUCUCAAGGCCACCACGCUGCUCCUGUAAUUGUUGAAUUCACCGACGCUAACUUUUUACCCAAAUAUGUCUACACUGGUAACAGAACUUCCGCUUGCAUUAAUUCAGGAAAUCAAUUGUUUCUUUGGGGUCAUUCUUCUCACCAUAAAUUAAUCUUUACAUCUUCUGUCGACAUUCUAAUUCAACAGCAAAAGCAGCCUGGCGUGUCUAUCAUUUCAGGCUACAAAAACUCAGUAAAUCAACCUGUACUAAUAUACUCUUUGUUACAUGAGAAAAUCACUUGUGCCGGACUAGGUCCCAAUUACACUGUUGUUAUUUCUGGACAAGGUAAAACCAGUUAAAAACCUAAUUUCUUACACAUAUA